AAGCCCUUGGACUGGGGACCCAAACAAAAUUAAACAAGCAGGUGAAUGUGGGCCGGGUCAGACAUGUCCGGUUUAGCUGGAGCUCAUUCUGGAGAGCUGAUAGAGAAGAGUGGUUGUAGUUAGAGUAAUCAGUCAUCAAAACGCUUCUGAAAACCCACCGAAUUCAUGACUCAUCUUCUUCGCCGCUUCAUCUUCCCCUUCUUAUCCCUAAAUGCAAAGCUUAUGACCUCCUUCGCUUCUCUAUCCCAACCUUCCUAUUAUCACAGCCACCGAUUUAACCCCUGAAUUUCCACACCAUUUUCAUCUUCAAUUCUUCAAUCCGAUUCGAUUCGGUGGCGCUAGGGUUCCGACUGAUCGAGGAUCACAGCCGCAGCAGUGAGAUAUGAACACCAACACCAACCACGAGAGCUCAAAUUGCGACGAGCCUCCUGACCUCGAGAAGCAGCAGCUGCCUGACAGCGGCGCUGAGGCGGUCACCUCAGUUCCCGAUUCUUCAGGUGAUGGCACGUCGCCGCCGCUGCUGAACGUCGUGGUUUCGGAGACACCAGCUCCCGUCGCCGGCGAAUCGGCGAAGGAGGUGAAGGGAGAGCACUCCAGAAGCUCCAGUGCUCACGAGCCAUGCAGGGUGUGUCAGCAGGAUAAAGAUGAAGCCUUGAUUGAUCUGGGGUGCCAUUGUCGAGGUGGGCUUGCGAAAGCGCACAGAUCAUGUAUAGACACUUGGUUCCGCAGCAAAGGAUCCAAUAAAUGCGAGAUUUGCCAAGGGGUAGCUAGCAAUGUGUCCUCUCCAGAAUCCCAGCCAACUACAAAUUAUUGGGUUUGGCGAAUCGAAACAACCUAUCGAUCGCAAAACCAAGACCGGGGCUGUCUGAACCCACUUUGGUUGGCAUUCUCAAUCCUUAUAGGCGGUCUGCUAUUGGACGUGCUGAUAUCUGCUACUCUUGGCAUCUCGGCAGUUCCCCUUAACAUUAUCAUUGGCGUUAUUGUGGUCCUUGGGCUUGGAACUGUACUAAGACUUGCCUUGGCGUUUUGCCAUGAGUGGAGUUCCAGAAGAGUUGUGCAGCGGGUGGAAACACAGAGAGUGCCUCUUGGCUACCAUCCUGGUCUUUAGGUAGAACCUGUAAAUAACAAUAAGAAGAUGUAGAAGUACAAAAACUUAACUUUAUUUUGGGUAAAUGUUGAUUACCUCAUAAUGUUCAGCUUGUCAUUUGCUCUGUUUGUCAUGUAGUGUUGAUUACCUCUUAUACCAAAUGUCAGGUAAGUGUUGGAUUGAAUACAAAGAAAACUGGGUUGAUAUAAACCUCA